UCGCUGGAAUCGGCAAUAAACAGUUUCCCUGUUCGUGUAACUACUCCGGAAUCGGUGCUGGAGUUCAAGCUUAAGCAAAAUUCUAGUGGCCGACAACUGUUUAAUCAAGUAUGCAACACCAUUGGCUUGCGAGAGGUUUGGUUUUUUGGACUGCGUUACGUUGAUUCCAAAAAUGUGGAGAAGUGGGUUAAGCUGGAUAAGAAGAUCUCGCCGAGCAGCAAGUCGAAAGAUGCCUGUAUGGACUUUACUUUCCGAGUGAAGUACUUCCCUGAAGAGGUUUCUGAAGAGCUCAUUCAGGAUGUUACUCAACGUCUCUUCUAUUACGAGAUUAAAAAUAGCAUUAUUAGCGGGCAGUAUUAUACCUCCCCGGACAGCGCCCUGCUAUUGGCUUCUUAUCAGGCCGUUGUUCGUCACGGCAAGUAUGAUCCUGCAGUACACACAAAAGGGUUCCUUAAUAUUCCAAACUAUAUUCCACAACACGUUUUAGACCAACACACACUGACCCAUGAGCAGUGGGAAGAUAAAAUCGUACAGUGGUACAAGCAACAUUCGGAUUUAUCCAAACAAGAUGCAAUCAUGGAAUACCUGAAAGUUGCACAGGAUCUGGAGAUGUAUGGUGUUACUUAUUUUCACAUCCGCAACGUCAAACAGACGGAGCUGUGGCUCGGAUUACUUUCACCUCGCAUUCCCUCAUUCUGGAGCGAAUCACUGGUCUUUGAUCCCAGUCGUCACCAAGUUAUUAGCCUCCGUCAUACUUUGACCUCUGACACUCGCGAACAACAAACAGGAUUUCGACCAAGUCGCGGUUGUAUCGAUCAGUUCUUCACACUGCGUCAAGUCGUCGAGCUACGCUAUACACACCGUCGACUGACGGUUAUGCUGCUCCUUGACCUACAAAAAGCAUUCGACUCGGUUGACCGUAAAGCCCUUAUGGGUUCUUUCCUUCCCAAUGGAAUGCCGUAG